CACCAACUCACGUUGCCUUGCUUAUCAUUUGUUACCUGUUUGAUUUUUUGCCUGAAAGGAAGAAUGGCCAUGGAAGCUCAAACAGCAAUCAAAGUAGUCGCCCUCUGCGGUUCUCUCCGUAAAGCUUCCUACAAUCGUGGCCUCCUCCGUGCCGCAAUGGAGUUAUCGAAGACCAUAAAGGGUAUGGAAAUAGAGUACGUGGACAUAUCCCCUUUACCAUUUCUCAACACGGAUCUUGAGGUAGAUGGGACUUACCCUCCUGUCGUGGAGGCUUUCCGGCAGAAAAUUCUUGCAGCUGAUAGUGUGCUUUUUGGUUCACCAGAGUACAAUUACUCCGUCACUGGACCUUUGAAAAAUGCAAUUGAUUGGGCAUCUAGACCUCCAAAUGUUUGGGCUGAUAAAACUGCUGCAAUGUUGAGCGCGGGAGGAAGCUUUGGUGGGGGACGAUCACAAUAUCAUCUCCGCCAGAUUGGAGUUUACCUUGAUCUUCAUUUCAUCAAUAAGCCAGAGUUUUUCCUUCAUGCAUUCCAACCUCCUGAAAAGUUUGAUAGUGAUGGCAACUUGAUUGAUGCUGCUGCCAAGGAGAGGAUCAAAGCGGUUCUUUUAGCUUUACAUGCAUUUACAUUGCGACUUCAAGGCAAGUGUGGAUAGUAUUGCAUCUCUUCACACUUGACAUUAGCAUGAAACUGUUCGACUUAAAAUAGUUUUCCAUAUGUUGCUCUGAUUGGCAAAUACUAUUGAUUGAACUUUUCUGUUGUUUUCGAUUUUUACUGCUUUGGAAUUAUGUAUGGUUGUGUAGAAAUGUACCUCAAUAAUUAUGUGACACUCAAUAAUUUCGAUUGAUGCUUUGAACCUUUCAAAGUUGAAAACGCAUCAAUGACAAUUGGAACUAUUUUGAAUUUUUUUGAU